ACUGCACUGCUGCCAUGCCUCGCGCUCCGGCGGCGCCGGCCUCAACUUCAAGGUUAACGAGCUAGAUUUCUAGAUUUCCCGGAUGCCCCCGGAUAUGGAUACGAGUCCAGUUUGGUGACAUCGUCAUUGGGCUGCCCGUCAUGGAUGUCGUCUGUCUAAAUGAGCACAGCUGUUGAUAUUACAGGGUGUCAUGAUACGGGAAUGAUAUAGGCUGACCAGAGACUGCUAACGAAGCGACAUGUAGACUUCUUUAUCUAUCUCUUUUUACAUCCUCAAAGAAUCAGAGGUUAUAGGAUGAAAGGUGAACUAGCAGGCAUGUACAGGACAUAAAGGUCUCGAGGAAUAUGUGUAUCAACUUUAUCUCUGUAUCUUUGAAGGCAACACUGAAGGAGAAUAGAUCAGGUAGGGAAACCCAGUGACCUCUGACCUUUGAAAAUGGGACUCGGAAAAACUCAGAAGCCAAACAGAGACACGCCUAACUGUGAUUGAUUAUUUUGUGUGUACACUGCAUGGAAUGCUCUCCAGUCUUGGUAAAGUGUAAAUCUGGUUUUCAUUGCACAGACCAUUGACAGUUGCAACUAUAACACCUAUGGAUGGGAAAUAUUAAAACUAUUGACUGGAUCUCAUAGCUCCACCAUAACAGCUGUGUAGAGGACACAAGCUGUUGGAUGUAUGGUUCAGGUUCAUAUUAAUGCCAUUGACUGGAUCUCAAAACCUUCAUACAUAUAUGGAGAACACAACCUGUUGGAUUUUUGGUUCAGGUUUAUAAUUAUUGAUAAUUAUUGACUGGAUCUCGCAGUGAUAACCUACCAUUAUAAAAACAUAAACAUGUAGUAGCUGUCCAGAACACAACCUGGUGGGUGUUUACUUCAAGUUUAUAUUAAAAACUAUUGACUGGAUUUCAAAACUCCAGCAUGAAAAUUGUGUAACUAUAUGGAAACAACCUGUUGGUUCCAGCAAGAUUCAUUCAACCAGGAGAUUGCAGUCAUCAUUGGAGUGAUAAUUGAAAAGACAUGGCGCUUGCAUGCCAUUAAUAGGAACUUCAUGUUUAUAUAUAAAUCAUUGAGUUAAUGAAUAACUUGGGAGAAAUCACCAACCUUCAGAGCAGGAAAUAGCCAUUAUUAUCAACCAGUAAAUUCAAUCUUUGUUCUUCAGUGCUUCAUGUAUAAUGGACACAAGGUAUCCUUGGAUUCUCUGUUUUUUGUGUAGGACAAAUGUGAACAAUGCCUGCACUUCAGUGUAAUUGAUAUUCUUUAUUGAAUGAUUGUGCCAUGUAAAAGAGACAGACAGAACUCAUAGUACCUGCAUUUGUUUGGAAGUUCAAGGAAGAUGGGAACAGAUUGUGUCUAUUUUUUAUUUAAUCACCGUUAGUCUGUGCUUGCUCUUUCUCCUUCUCUCUAUCUUAUUGUUUCCCUCACACUCAACCUUCCUCUUUCCGUCCCUCUAUUCGCUCGACCAUCUUUAUUCUCCUUCUCUCCCUCUUUCUCUCCUCUCCAUCCAUCUUUCCCACCAUCUAUGUCCUUGUGGUGUCUCUACAUUUUUUAAUUGUAUCUCUUUUUUCCCUUUCUUUCUCCCUUUUUCUCCUGUUUUUCCUCUUUUGCUGCGUAUUCCAAUCCUAUCUUCAGUCCCCUUCUGGAUUUCCCCACUCCUAUCUCUCUCUCUCUCUCUCUCUCUCUCUCUCUCACCCUUAGCAUCUGUGAGUUUUACCAACAUAUGAAUCACACCAAUCAAUACUCUGUUCUGUGAGGACCUUGUGGUAUUGUUCUCAUGAUCUGUACAUGAACGGAUUGGAAUAAAAUCUCUGAAUGAAAUAGGGUAUAGAAUGUAACCUUGAGGACUUCACCAUCACCAGUCAUUCAGAGUGCAACGUAGGUUUACCAAGUAUCUCCUGAGAAAAUUCAAACUGCUCACUCUCCUACAGUUCAGCUCAUCCUGUUAUGUGUGAAGUACAUGUACCAGCAAAAAUUCUGAGCUUGAAUUUGGUUCCAAAAUCUGUAGGAAAUUGGAGUGCAUUUAGUGCUGGAAUUGAUCAUUUUAUACAUGUGCAAACUUUACUUGAACAAUGACAUGUAAAGAGAUCCAGCAGAAAAGCCUUGUCAUUGAUGAGAAGCACAUGCUAUAGUGUAAGAGAGCAUUUACCCAAGUGUAUCAAGUGGAUAUUUUAGUACAUACACGCGUACAAGUGCUCUUUGACAUGAUUUGAAGAGGAGACAGCAGAUUGAAAGCUUAGCAUUGGGUUCUGAUGCCUCUACAAUUUACAUUUCAACUACAUGUACAUUCCAGUAAAUUGUGUUUAUUGAAUGUGCGGAGUUCCAUUUCAUAUAUAAGUCAGUGAUGGUCUUCUAAACUUGUUUUCAUCUUGUAUCAUUUCUCAAAUAUUUAUCACUUUUGGAAUUUUUGAGAAAGCAACAGAUUAUCAGCGGUUAGUGUGAUCUUUCCAUCAUACAGUUGUAGUAGCUGGAAACUGUUAUAUUGUUCAUAAUUAUAACGAGUGCCUAUAAAGAAGUGGAACCUACAUUUUAUCAUCAUAAGUACAUGUACCACCAGGUCUCCUCUCAAGUGAUAACGGGGUGUGCAGAUGUACCACUAGACUGGGGAUCCCCCUCUCUUUAUGACUUGAGUCCCUGACAUAGGUUUGGACAUUCUUCUGUGAUUACAUCAUCAUUUUUUAGAUCUUUCCCAGUUUAAGUGACAUUGGAGAUGAACAUGAUUGAUUGAUAUAUAUAUAUAUUCUGCCAUCUUGUGAUUAAUAUCUGUGGACCUAUUCCGUGAACUCAACCGAUGUGUACUGCCAGCGGAUAUAGUGACACUAGUCUUUCAUAUCAGACUGUUUUUCAAGAACAGGAAACGCCAUUCCAUAUCCAGUCCUUCAAGAAAUAAGGUUAUUCCUCUUGCCAACAUUUGGAUGCAUAUCUGUACCAUCGUUCUUCCAUCAAUCUAUUGUGGAUACAAGUGCCUUUUUCAGGAAAGAAAAGUUAUAUGAACCAUACAGAGAAUAUAUAAGAAUAAUAGAUUUGUGCAAUACAAUAUUAAUAGAAAUCAUCAUCUUCCAUAUCAAAUAAUUUGAUUAUGAAUUAAAUGUGAUAGUUUAUUGUAUAUCUAUACCAAAACAUCUAUAUUUUUCGACAUAAGUUGGUUACAAUUUUUACCGCGAUUUUAUCAUUCAGCAGUUAAAAAAUGCAUGAUUUUUAAAAAGGAAUUCAACACUGAAAGAAUCAUACAUGUACAUCUAUGAUGGGAUUACGUUGAGCUUCAAAACUCCCACAAAAAGUCAGCUGACACGUGUUGCAGUACGUGUGCUAUAUGCAUGACACGAAAACAAAUAUUUGAACAAGACAGACUCUGAAUUCGAGAAAGAUGGGAGACUACGAUGAAGACUUGGCUAGCGGGGAGUCGUUCCCCUCUCACGAUGACAUCAAAACGAUCGUGGAACAGAAAGCGAGGGAGCUCUUCAUGGUGUGCGACGUGGAGGAGAAGGGAUUCGUGAGUAAACGUGAUAUGCAGCGUCUCGUUGAUGAGCUCCCUCUCAUGCCGGACCAGCUAGAGGAGGUCUUUGACUCGCUGGACGACGAUAAGAAUGGAUACUUGACGUUGGAGGAGUUUACGGAAGGAUUCGGUGGAUUUCUCGGUCUAAACCCGGCCCCAGCUGAUCAUAAUGAGAGAGAUGAUGGAGUGUUGUAUACAGAGGAUCGUGAUCAUGAUGAGCUUGAGAGAGAUUUCAAACACGCGAUGGAAAGCAUCGGUGCUUCCGGGGUCAUUGCAGAACAUGAUGCGGUCAAGGAUCUUUGGAAGAAACUUCAUCAGGAUGAGCCAAGUCUUCUGACAAACUUUGAAGACUUCAUACAACAUGUGUGCAUGGAUAAGAGGACUGCACAACUCAAUACUGGGGAGCUGGAGAAUGCAUUAAAAAGCCGAGACACCAUACAUCAGCAGGACAUCAAGCAUCUAUAUGAGGAGAUGGAGAGACAGAUUAGAAUGGAAAAAGAAAAGAUUAUUUCAGGGGAAAAGGAGAAGGAGAGGAGGAUUCGAGAGCAGCUAGAACAUGAUAUGAAGAACAAAGAUGAUCAACUGAACACAUUACUCAACAAACAAGCUGAGUUGGAGCAGAAGCUUUAUGAACUGAGUCUGACUGAAACAGAGAUCAAAGAAGAAAAUGAAUCUCUUCAAGCACAAAAUGAGCAUUUAUCUCAGAAGCUUGAUUCAUCUCAAACUGAGCUGGUUGAAUCUAAGACCUACCUCAAAGAAAUGACAGAGAAACACCUGAAAGACAAGAGAGAAAGGGUCAAGAGUAAUGUCAAGAUCGCACAAGGAAUCAUGCAAGAAAGAGAAAGCUUGUUUGUACAGCUGGAAAAAUUAAAGGCUAUGAAUCAACAGCUUCAGGAUGACAGAGAUAUGAGGAUGAGCAGAUCAUUAUCAGAUCCUUCGGAAGACGAGAAGAAGAAGACCCUUGUCAAGCAAGGCUCCGUCAUGUCAAAUUAUUUUGAAGAGGGCGUCAUCGGGGGGGACGGAGAGCAUGUAGGUAGUUCAUCAUUAGACGGAGGUAGAUCUAGUCGUAGGAGUAGUCGUCACAGCAUACAGCGAUCAAGUAUUCACGGUAGGACCUUCUCAAGAGACAUAGCCCACCACCUACAGCUCAGCCAGAGCUUCAUGGACGAUGGGGAGUGCGAAGUCGAUGAUGACUUCCUGCAGAGUAGUGGGUUGCUGUCGUCGAGUCUGACGUCGCACCCGGAAAGGGUUGUCUACGAUGAGGUGGAGGAGGAUGAACUGGUUGAGAGGAGCGAUGUCGUCAACACGAGAGCUGUUGAUAAGACAUCGGCGAGUGACAAGAGAAAGGCUUUUAAUAAUAGACAAGUAGUUGGGGAAACUACGACUGCACCUGUUGUAGAGAAUGGCUCUACCCCUAGCAUGAGUCCAGAGGGACAGAGGGCCGAUCCUGUAGGGGCUCAUACACCCAUUAAUCAGGCCUUAGCAGAGGCAAAGAAGCUACAGCUUGUUGCAGCUAACCGUACCCCGGAGAGACUCUUCAAGGUGGUGUUUGUUGGAGAUUCGGGAGUAGGGAAGACCAGCAUCAUUCAUCGAUUCUGUACAGAUUCCUUUACAGACUCAUUCAGUGCAACCAUAGGUGUUGACUUUCAGGUAAAGUCUCUGACAGUCUGUGGUAGCAUCGUAGCGAUGCAGCUAUGGGAUACGGCCGGUCAGGAGAGAUUCCGAUCUAUCACAAGGCAUUACUUCAGGAAGGCUGACGGCAUCGUUGUCAUCUAUGACGUCACAUCGGAAACGUCCUUCAUCAAUGUCAGAAACUGGAUGACCAGUGUCGAGGAGACGACAGAUGAUCAUGUGGUCAAGAUGUUGCUAGGCAACAAGAGUGACUGUAAUGAGGAUAGACAGAUCAAAGAAGAAGUGGGUCACAAACUCUCAGAGUCAUAUAACUGUGAUUUCUAUGAGGUCAGUGCUAAAUCAGGCUCCAACGUGGUCGAGGCUUUCACCGCUAUGUCAAAGCUUCUCUUACUCAAGGAAGACGAAGAGAUUCAGAAUUCACUCAACCUCUCUGAUACAGGAGAAAGUGGCAAGAGAUGCUGUGAUACAUCUUAGAUAUCAUCUCUCUUUGAGUUAAUGUCUCUGAUGUUAGUGUUAAGUCAGGCUUCCCCUCAUAGACACUAUAAAUAUUAGCAAGAGAUGCUGUGUGACAUCUGAGAUAUCAUCUCUCUUUGAGUUAAUGUGUAUGAUGUUUUUACACUAUCAGGCUGCAUUAUGGUUGUGCCAAUUGAGACCCCACCAUGAGCGAAGCUUCAGAAUUUAUUAAUGGUCAAAGUCAAUGGAGGCAGAUGCAAGAGGUGCUGUGAUACAUCUUAGAUAUCAUCUCUCUUUGAGUUAAUAAAUGUCUCUGAUGUUAGUGUUAACUCAGGCUCCCCUCACAGACACUAAUAAUAUUAGCAAGAGAUGCUGUGAGACAUCUGAUUUUCUUUGAGAUAAUGUAUAUGGUGUUUGCUCUAUCAGGCUGCACUAUGGUCGCACCAAAUCAGGCUCCACCAUGAUCGAAGCUUCAGAAUUUAUGAAUGGUCAAAAUCAAUGGAUGCAGAUGUAAGAGGUGCUGUGAUACAUCUUAGAUAUCAUCUUUAUUUGAGGUGAUGACUAUGAUGUUAGUGUUGUGUCAGGCUCCCCAUCACAGACACUAAAUAUAUUGGCAAAAGAUGCUGUGAGAUCUUUCUUUGAGAUAAUGUAUAUGAUGUUGGUACUAUAUCAGGCUCCAAGUGGUCAGCAAGUUUCAGAAUUCCCUCAAACAUUACAGACAAUGGAGACAGUUGAAAGAGAAGCUGUGAUACGUUUUAGUUAUCAUCUCUCUUUGAGAUGCUUUCUUUGAGAAUAGCACUUAAUUGGGGUCUUUUGUGGUCAAGGCUUCCAGAAUUCACUCAAACGUCACAGACAAUGGAGACGGAUGCAAGCGAUGCUGUGAAGCAUCGUCAAGAUCAUCCUUCUUUGAGAUGACGUCUAUGAUGUUAGGUCCAAUCAUGCUUCAACGUGGUCGAAACUUUCGAAUUCACUCAAAAGGCAAAGACAAGUAAGACAUCUUUGAGAUCAUCCUUCUUUGAGAUGAUGUCUAUGAUGUUAGCGCAACAACUAGGCUCCACUGUGGUCCAAGAUUCUGAAUUCCCUCAAACGUCACAGACAAUGGAGACAGUUUCAUGCAAAGCUGUGGGACCUCUGCAUGAUCAUCCUUCUUUGAGAUGAUGUCUAUGAUGUGUGAGGGCCAAAUCAGGCGUCAACGUGGUCAAAGCUUUAGAAUGCACUGAAACGUCAGACAAGCAAGACAUCUUCAAGAUCAUCCUUCUUUGAGAUGAUGUCUGUGAUGUGAGGGCCAAAUCAGGCUUCAUUGUGGUCCAAUAUUCUGAAUUCCCUCAAAUGUCACAGAUAAUGGAGACAGUUUCAAGCAACGCUGUAGGUCAUCUGCAUGAUCAUCCUUCUUUGAGAUGAUGUCUAUGAUGUGAGGUCCAAUCAUGCUUCAACGUGGUCGAAACUUUCGAAUUCACUCAAAAGGCAAAGACAAGUAAGACAUCUUUGAGAUCAUCCUUCUUUGAGAUGAUGUCUAUGAUGUUAGUGCAACAACUCGGCUCCACUGUGAUCCAAGAUUCUGAAUUCCCUAAAACAUCACAGACGAUGGAGACAGUUUCAAGCAAAGCUGUGGGACCUCUGCAUGAUCAUCCUUCUUUGAGAUGAUGUCUAUGAUGUGUGAGGGCCAAAUCAGGCAUCAACGUGGUCAAAGCUUUAGAAUGCACUGAAACGUCAGUCAAGCAAGACAUCUUCGAGAUCAUCACCCUUUGAUAUGAUGUCUAUGAUGUUAGCGCAACAACUAGGCUCCACUGUGGUCCAAUAUUCAGAAUUCCCUCAAACGUCACAGACAAUGGAGACAGUUUCAAGCUUAGCUGUAGGACAUCUGCGGGAUCAUCCUUCUUUGAGAUAAUGUCUGUGAUGUUAGUACUACAACCAGGCUCCCCUCAUGGUCGAGGCUUUCAGAAUUUACUCUGAAAACGUCACAUACGAUUGAGACAGUAGCAAGAGAUGCCGUAGGACAUCCUAGAUCUUUCUUUAAAGGUCAAGUCCACCCCAGGAAAAUGUUGAUUUGAAUCAAUAGAGAAAAAUCAAACAAGUAUAACGCUGACAUUUUCAUCAAAAUCGGAUGUAAAAUAAAGCUCUUAAGAAAUUGUAAAAUGUCAUGACUUUCUUGUUUUACAUCCGAUUUAGAUGGAAUUUUCAGUGUUUUGCUUGUUGUAUUUUUCCCAUUUUAUUCAAAUCAACUUUUUGCUGGGGAGGACUUGUCCUUUAAGAUGUUGAUCUUAGCUCCGCAUCGUGCUUCAAGUUUCAGAAUUCAUUAACAUGCACAGACAAUGAAGAUGGUAGACAGAUAUUAAUGCUUUGAGCUGUCCUAGAGUCUUAUCAAUUCAGAGAAAAAUAUUUGAGAUUGUUUAUUAGGAACAUGCAUAUGACUAGCUGUCCACACUCACCAAUAAAAAGCGUCAUCAUCCUUGCUUCUCUAAGGUGUAAUCAGGGCCCCGUUGCAUAAAAGUUACUAUUGUGGUAACUUUGCCAUCCAGUGGUAGCUACCAUGGUAACAAUGAUCAACGGCCAAUUAGAAUCAAGGAUUCAAUGAAAGAUACCAUUGCAUGGCAAAGUUAUAAUAGUAGCUUUAAUAUCCUACAUAAAUUAAAUCAUGUAUGCUGAGUGGUUUAAAUAGCAUCAUGUGACCAAACAUAUUCUCACUAUUUUGCAAUGAUGUUGAAAAUGAAACGCCCACUGAAGAAAAAAUUGCUAUUUCGUGACGUCAAUGAUGGAAUAGUGCACUAAUCCAUAAUUUACGUCACAGAUCAUUGCCAUGGAUCGCACAAUCUCUCAGGAGCAGGCAGAAUGCGCGUUCCGCUGAGCGCGUAGCUUCAGGAAAAGUAGGUUAGUCAGCGCAGCAUGUUAUCUAUAUUUUGAUUCAGAUUAUAAAAAGAUUAAAACUACGUGUACAAAAAACUAGAUUAUCAAGAUCUGUCGUUCCUACUUAUUAAAUGUACGAUGUAAAACAAAUCUACUAGGCCUUUAUUUCGAAAGUAUAAAGGGGAAUUAUUCAUCUGAGGUUGGACUGUCAUUACGUGUACUUUUGCCAGUACAACCGAAGACAAAUAAUUCCCGCUAUACUUGAUCAAAGCCUGGGGGGUGUUUCACAAAGAUUUAAGUAUGACUUAGAGUCGCACUUAAAUACCAAAUUGCGUACGGUAUGAAAGGCUUGACCGCAUUGGUCAGAUCGUGUCAUGAGGACGCGCACUACUGCGUGUCUAUCAAUAAGAUCGCGCAUUCCAUAUCAUGUACGCGUAGGCAUUUAAGUACGACUUAAGUCAUACUUAAAUCUUUGUGAAACACCCCCCUGGUAUAUUUGUAUAUUAUGCAACUUGGCCCUGAUUGCUAUGAUAAUGCCUUUGUGAAGCAAACACCCAUCCAUCAUAGAAUGAUUAUAGAAUGACACAUACAUGUAUAUGAUAAGUUAGAAUUAACUUUUUGAGAUUUUAUUUAGAACUAUUCACACAGAUGAGUAUUAUUUAUUGUAGAGUUGUGCUGGUUUCAGUUGAGAGAGAGGAAUCACUCCUCAUGAUAUGAAAUAUGUGCCUUUUUCACCUACCGCCUUACUACUGGGUCGCAAAAUUUACUGAAUUAUAUUUCAUGUGCAGAGAAAUAUUUUAGCAAACUGAGAGAAAUUAUAUUUGCACGAAGAACAUCAAGAUUUCCUGAAUGUGAAGAAUAGUGCAUGUAUUUUUUUUUUUGGGGGGGGGUUUGUCUUAAUAGUGGCAUAUCUAUUUAAUUGUGGUAGGGAGAAGAAUAUUUCCACCCAUUUAAAUUCAAUAAUUAAUUUAUUCAAGCAAUGUUAUUCGAAUAAAAUAAUGCUUAACAAUAACAGAGGUAAAUCAGGAGUGAACACUUUCCACUAUUAUAGAUCUAUUUGGACACUCUAAAGGAACAAAAUCUGUCUAAUUAUUGGGAGUGGUGAGAUAUUUCCACCCAAUUGCAUUCAUUACUGGUUUACAAGUCACUCUGUCUUCAUAAUGGAUACUAAAAACGUACUCACAAAGGGGAUAUUUUCCACUGUAAACCUGUUUUGACUUUCUGUAGAAGCAAAACUUUAUAAUUGUGGGAGGUAAUAGAAUAUUACUAUCCAUUUGUAUCAGUAAUUGGUGUUCUAAGUUAGGGGAAGUAGUCAUUGGAGAUUAAAAAUGUGAUAAAAUUUCGGUGUGGUUUUUGUCCUAUUAGAGAGUUUGUUCAAUAAGCUUUUAUGAGGUAUACAGAGCUGCCAAGUAGUACGAUUUUUCCGUAUUAAGUACGUUUUUGCAACCAAAAUACGGCAGUACGUUUUUUCUUUAAAAAAUACGUUUUUUGUAUUUUUUUUUUUUUUUAAUCGAAAUUUAUUGAGAAAAAUAAUCUCUAUAUGUCUCUAUUUCAUAAAACGUACACAAAUAUGGUUAUUAGAUAAAUGUUUAUUUCAGGUAACUUUUUUUUUGUAAAAACCAGGUUGAGAUAUACACAAGUUUCAAUGCUUUUUUUUUCAUCUGCAAGAGCAGUGCACAUUUUAGCUUGCAUGAUGGGCGAGUGCGCCAAGCAUUUUAUUAUGAAAUACACUUUUUUGGGGGAAAAUACAAAAUAUUUAUCUCACACGGUAAAAAUACUGAUUUUUUUGUCAAAAUACUGAUUUUGGGGGAUAAGAAUACUGAAAAUGCAAAAUACAACUUGGCAGCUCUGGGUAUACUUAAUUUUCUCCUUUUUCAUUGCCAGUAUUUUGUUGAAUUUUCCCUUCAGAGACUGAGCGUUACAAACAGGGUGUGUACUUCACAUGUAUUUCGAAAGUUUUUUUUUAUAUAAAAAAUUGCUCUUGAAGACAUUGCAUAUUUCUCUUCCAUAGGUUGUAUACAGUUACUUUUCUUGUAGCAUUUUGUAUUCAUAAGUUACAUACGUUCAAACAUAUGUAAUUUAGUUGGGAAAAUAAUCUGAGGUGGUGUUGUGAGAAAAUAUUUGCAAACAAUUGAAAAUUUCUGCUGCUAAUCUUCAAUUGAUAUGUCCAUUGUAACUAUACCAAAUUUAUUUUAGCACUAGUAGCCAGAAGCAGACCGACAGUCAAGUGUGAAUUUACAAUUGAUUGCAAGACUUGUUGACUGAUUUAGUGACCUAAAUUUGAUUUGCAAUCGAUUGCAACGUUCUUGCACCCCCCCCCCCUUUAGUCCUCAUAAAGCCAUCAAUAUUUUGAUGCUUGCAAUUAAAUAAUUUAUAAAUAGUAAUAAUGAUAGAUGUUCUUGAAUAUUGUUUCUAACAUAUCUUUGGGGCAACAUUAGAAAAGAUCAACCCAAAGCAUUUCAUUUUUGCAAAUUUUAAGGUUUGAUUUUGGCUGUCAUGAUGGCAAAAUCUUGGGACAACUUUAGAUAAGAUGUCACCCCAAAGCAUUCCAUUUUGCAAUUUUUUGAGGGCCAAUUUUUGAUGAAAUAAGGGCAAAAUUUUGAGGCAACUUUAGAAAAGAUGGCCACCUGAAAGCAUUCCAUUUUGCAAAUUUUAGGGGCGAUUUUGGCUGUCUUGAUAGCAAAAUCUUGGGACAACUUUAGAAAAGAUGGUCGCCUCAAAGCAUUCCAUUUUGCAAAUUUUAGGGGGGUGAUUUUGGCUGUCAUGGGAGCAAACUUGCCCGUCGCCCUCCUGUAUGUUUAUGCUUUAAUGCAGUAUAAUAGGUAAUAAAUUGAUAGACAUCAUGAAGUGUUUGUUUGAUUUGUUUACAAAAUUUAUGUUUGAAAAGUGUUCUUGCCAACCUCGCGACCUCGUAAGCUUGUCACAAGUCGUCUGACAUAUCAAUUGCCUUUAAAUGAUUUCUCUCAAAGAAGUGAGUUCUUCCAAAGCUUAUUGCCUUAGAUUUUUGAUAGUGCAAUUUUUUUAAUGUUUGUUCUUUCCAUAGAUUUAUAAAGUUGUCAUUAUAAAAUGUAAUUUUAAUCGUUGAGAAGCAUUCCUACUUAAUAUCAGAGUGUUCAUCACUUUAGCUGAGUAAUGUAGAAAUGCAUAUUUUGUACAUAUCAAAAAUAAAGAUGUAUUUUAUAUGUAGAAGUACGAAAUAUAUCAUUAUAAAUAUAUAUCAGAUAUUUGAAUGGGAUGUUGUUAAAUUUAUAAUAAUAUAGGUAUAUUUACCCGGGGAAGCCACUUCAUGUCUGAAAACUGUUCUCCCAGCGGGCCCUGCUAUUAUUAUUACCCCGGCUUUAGCUGGGCUGCCUAGGCGCUCAAGCAUUCAAGGAAUUUCUUUCUACCGGGUACCCAUUCACCUCACCUGGGUUGAGUGCAGCACAAUAUGGAUAAAUUUUUUGCUGAAGCAAACUACGCCAUGGCUGGGAUUCGAACCCACGACCCUCUGUUUCAAAGUCAGAAGAUUAAUCCACUGGGCCACAACGCUCAAAAUUUGUGGGGGAGGCUAGUAGUUAUUGUUAAUCUUUUCUAAGCUCCGAUAGUAUAUUUAUAAAUUGUAGAGUUACUGUCAGUGUCAUAUACCAACAACAUUUGCUGAGUUAAGACUAUUAGGAUCACAAAAAUCCACUCGACAUUUGAGAAAUUCAAAUACGAAAAGGUAUCAUUAUAUAUGUUGUGCAUAACCUGAUCUAAACAUUCGCUUUGACUUGGGCAAAUAUUUGACUUAGGAAAGUCAACUUCAAUGUAAACUUACCUAUACAUGGACAUUUAAUAAUAAUGAAUUUCCACUGUUAAAUAUUGCUUAAUACAUCGCAACAAUGUCUCUGAGCACUUUACAGAUAUAUUACUACAUGUAUUUGUAUAUUUUCUCAAGGUAGCACUAUAGAAAGAGAUUGUGGUGUACAAGUAACAAUUUAGAUACAGCUUGUAAAGAGAAACCAAAGAUUAAACACUGCAUCCUGUGAAACUGUUGGAGCUCAUUUUGCCAAUUUAAUAUUCAUCGCUUUCUUUGGGGGGUUUUGGACUGGUAUUUGAUCAAUAUUUCACUGAAUCGAACCCUAGAAAUCAUUUUGCUUCCAUAGUACCCGAUGAUAUAGUACUUCAGGAUUUGAAUACGAUAAAUUUAUAAUCCAAUUCAUUAUGGUUUGUGCCUUUACAGAUAGUGCCUAGUACAGAGCUGGUGCCUUAGAUCAAAAAGUUAUAUAUUGUCUUAUUUUUUAUAUUGAGAAAUUAUAUAUUUAUUCAGUACUCGUGCAUAUCUUCACAAUUCAUGCAUUUCAUAAUACAUUUGUGCAGGUUGUAUUUCUGGUUUAAUCCUGAGAGAGUGGGUUGCAAUGGUGUACGCAUUAGCAUGCAUUUAAAUCAUUGUUUCUUUUUAAAAGUUGUUAAAUAUCUCAUUUAUAUAGUACAGUUUUGCUGGAAUCUCACUUGUAGAUCUAUCUAUUAUUCCUUAUUAUUCCGUGCACAGAGGGGGGGGGGGUGGCAUUCAGCUAUGUUGCUGUACACACACAAGACCACAGAAUUUACAAACCUGCCCUACAUAUCCAAGUAUUUUUGCAUGCUAUUUUGACAAAUUUGCCCCCUAAACAAGUACAACACCUAAAACGUGUAUGUUUUUUACUCUAUAAAUGUACCAUUUUUCCCCCUGAUUUUGGCCUUUUCGAUACCCUAAAUGUGUUACGCUCCAUGAUUGGCAAAUUAUUUUUUUUCUCACAUUUUUGGGGUCGCGUAUAUGUACAGCAAAAUGGUUGAGUGGCCCCCAGCCGUUCCCUUAAAUAUUUCUUGAAUUUUUCAUUAAUCAUAUGUAAUGUGUUCUCGCUAAAGAAAAGGUGUUGACCUAAGAGAAAAAGAUUGCUUCCCAUGUGUUAUCAAACCCAUAUAUAUGUAUUAUUAAAUGCCUUUUUUGUAAUUUAUAAUAUAAUUACAGGGUGCUACAUAAGCACUUGCCCGAUUGCCUGGGGCAAGUGAAAGUUACAGCCGGGCAAGUGUUUUGAAGUAAAGACCAAAACUACUUGCCCGAGUUGGGCAAGCAAAAUUCUCACAGUAGUAUUACCAAAAUUAGGGUCGAUAUGAUAUGAUAUUGACCCUAAUUUUGGUCAUGGCAGGCAAGAUAAAAUCACUUUGGAAAAAGAUGUGCAAUAACAAGGUCGAUCAGUUCAUGUCAAAAGAAAAAAAGGUCAAUGGUUUAUAAAACCGCAAAAACUUUCUUUUGAAGAGAUAAAACUUUUUUUUUCAUGGAUUUUUUCGGGCAAGUGAAAUAGAUCUUUGGGCAAGUAUAUUCCAACUAUUGAAAAAUUUACUUGCCCGACCGGGCAAGUGCUUCUAAAAAGUUAUGUAGCACCCUGAAUAUCCUUAUCUAAAUAUCAGUACUGCAUUAGAAUUCAAUGAUAUUGUUAAACACUUUCUAAUAUGUUUACAUGUAUUCUUAGUUUCAUCGUACAAUCACUCUUCAAUAUGAAAUAAUGAGUUCUACUUAACAUAUGUUGUACUGAAAGCCCUAAAGGUAAAAAGUAACCUGUUUUGAUGAGUUUGUUAGUGUUUUGAUUGAUGUUUGAAAUAUUGUUUUGUGUAUUAUAUCAUUAGUUCCAUUUUAUAUAUUUUUAAUCUGUUUCAUUGAAAUCAAUAAGUGACUUCAUUUUUAUUAUUCAUUAGUCUGUUCACCCUUAGAGGUAAACAAUUGAUUGAGUUGUUUUCUAUGUACAGUGUUUCUUUUAUGUCAUAUCUCUGAGCCUUUGAGAUUUAUUUUGUUUCCAUUUGUGUGUAUAGAUUCUUAAUUUCAUUGUUUGUUGUACUGUUUUUUUUUCUAGCUUUAAAAUUUUACUAGCUGGAGGUCAAUCUAUUUCUUGUUUAACUCAAAUUACAGAGAUUUAUUCCAGAUUUAAUGUGGUUUGUGCAGUGUUUCCACAACUCAAAAAAAUAACUACCCCCCCCCCAAAAAAAAAGGCAUUUCCUGGAAUAAAAAAAAAAUUGAAAUAAAAAUCAAACUGUAAUACAGCGAGCCUGAACUAAGGCCUGGUGAUAGAAGAAGGGAAUUAAAGACUUCUUUUUUCACAAAAUCACAUUGCAGAUUUAUCAUAGGUUCUAUGGUGGCCUUAAAGAUUAAAAUAUUUGUUUUAAAAAAUCUUAUCACUAACUUCAAUUAUUAUUCUGCUUUUCUCAUAUUCUCUCAAUCAGAUUGGUUAGAUUUCACUUAAUAUAUGUUUAUUUAGAGAUGAUGUUAAAAUGUGCAAUUAUAGAAUUUUAUUUCACUGAAUUAAGAAAAUAAAAUAAAUAUUAUUUUAUC